AUGCCGAAAGAAUUUUCGUUAGAAUUUAAGCAAUUGGCAUUUUCUAUUAUUGAUUUUAUUGAAAAAGAAAAGAAUGGUCCAUCAAUACCUCUUAAUAAUGUUACAGACCGUCUUGUAGCAAUACUUGGCAUUUCAAGAAGAUCAGUUUUUGUGUUAAAAAGUGAAAUGAAACAAUUGAAGGAAGACCAAGAAGAGUUUGUUAGAUUUACUCGUUCGUCAAGUACCUCGUUAUCACCAACGCCAUUAUCACCAGCCAAACGCUCAGGUCGUCCAAAAGCACAAUUAACAAAUUUUGAAAAAGAUACAAUUAGAUUAACAUUUCAUCUAUUAUUGAAAGAUAAAAUGUAUCCUACUGUUGAAAAUUUAUUAUCAACUUUGUUAAGUCAAUAUCCUGAAUUUCCAAUAUAG